AUGGCAGACAACUUCAUCUAUUGUCCAUCAUCGGCAAAAACCGACCAAGAGAUCAUAGAGAGGAAUAGAAGGGAUGAGAUGAAAGCCCUUUUAUCCCAGCUUCAUUCUCUUGUCCCCAACCAAAACUCGACGGAAGGUGAAACAACCCUGCCGGAUCAACUAGAAAACGCUACAAAUUACAUAAAACAAUUGAAGGAAAACGUGGAGAAAUUGAAAGAGAAGCGAGAGAAACUAAUGGGAUUGGGAGAAAAAAGUACCAUCACAAGUGAAAAUAAAGCAAGAGUAAUUGUGCAAGUUGAAGCUCAUCUAGUGGGUUCUUCGUUGGAAAUUCUUUUGACUACUGGGUCUGAUUAUCACUUGGUUUUAAGACAAAUCAUUCAACUCCUUCAAGAAAAUGGAACUGAGAUCGUCGAUAUCAACCAGUCAACGGUCGCAAAUCGAGCUUUUCACAAGAUAAUUGCUCAAAUGGCGGGAGAAGGGACGACCUUGGAAGGCGCUAAAGGUGAAAGGAUUUGUGAGAGAGUAAAGAAGUUUGUUUCACAUUACAAAGAUGACCAAUACACCGUUGAUCUUGAUUGA